UCACACUCUCACUCUCUUCUCCUCCAUCUUCAUGUGACAUUCAUCUCUCUCUCUCUAAACCCCCCCAUCUCCUCCUUCUCUCCCUUCCCCAAAUCUCCAAUGGCUUCCAAAUCCCUCCUCUUCCCCCUCUUCACCCUCCUCCUCCUCUUCCUCUCUUCCUCCUCCGCCCACCUCUCCGUCGACACCUCCCUCAAACUCAUGGCCGACGCCCUCGAAUGGCCCACCACCACUUCCCUCAUCCAAUCCCCCACUGAAGACGACCUCGACGACGAUCUCGACCUACAACAAGACCCCCGCAGAUCUCUCUUCUGGAGGCGAGUCCACUACUACAUUUCCUACGGUGCCCUCUCCGCCAACCGGAUCCCUUGCCCACCCCGCUCCGGCCGCCCUUACUACACUCAUAACUGCUACAAAGCUCGUGGCCCUGUCAAUCCUUACACCCGCGGCUGCUCCGCCAUCACUCGCUGCCGCCGCUGAUCUCUCUCUCUCUCUCUUGUAAAACCCCGUCGUAUCCCCCCUCUACUCCGAAUUUCUUCCUCUCCUCUUUGUUUUGUCGUUUUUUUUUUAGUGCCUUGGAGUUCGACAACGGAGACGACAUGUAGUUUUGGGGAUUUCCUUAUUUUAUAUUACUUUUUUGUUUAUUGUUCCGCAAUCUAGGGUCCGGAAAACGACGUGGUUUUGUUGGUUGGCUAUUUAAUUAUGAUAAUGAUGUGUACUUUUAUAUCUGAACAAGAUUAUAUAAAUUCAAGAUUGUUUUAUCAUUAUCA